AUGCCUCGUAACAAUGCCCGCGCCACCCGCUCAGUCCCCGCCACUACCACAUCUGCGCGACUGGACGUCCAGUCCAACGCCCCUAUCGCCACCACACCCACUAUCAGCCGCUCGUCCGAAGAAUCCCCAUCCACACCGUCCUCGAAGGAACUGUCCACAAGCUCAACCUGGCGCAGCCGCCUCGGCAGCGCACGAGCGAAGCACUCUCCCAAGUCCACCCCGCACAAGCCCGACGGCAGCGCAAAGACAGGCCUCAUUGAGUUCUGGGCUGAUGUGUGGGCUUCGGGCGGCGACGAGGACAUGUUACCGCCUUUGCCCGAACACAAGCCAACUGAGACAUUGACCGUCGGUCUCGAGCUGGACGGCGGAGCAGCGGCGCCGCGCUGCGAGGUAUCGCUCGCGGACCUCAUCAAGCCUGCGCGAUCCCAGCGCAAGCCGGGGAAAUCGAGCGACUUCGAGAUUGUACCGCGCGUGCGCGAGGUUAUCGCGCUUGAUGAUCGGAACGAUGGGCCCGAGCCCGACGAGGCUUGGGAGGUCGUCUCGAGCGACGGCGAAGACGACGGUCGUGCUGUGAUGUCCUACGCCGACAUUGUCGCGAACAAGACGGCGGCUUGA